AUGAGAUUCGCUAGAAAUACUGUGCUUAUUGAUAUACCUGUGUAUGUUUUUUUGCAGUUACGAGAGCGAGGAUCUGAUUACGACAGGCUUAAAGAAAGGCACGACGUGCAUCACCACUUCUUGGGACUCAUCUGUGAUGAACUUGCGAAGAGGAAUAUUGACUACAAGGUUUGCCAAAGGUGGGAUUAUACCCCGGAGGCGAUCAACUGGGCGGACGCUGUGUUUGCAGCUGGCGGCGAUGGCACCUUCCUUCUUGCCGCCAGUAGAAUCAGGAGCCAGUCCAAACCGCUGAUCGGUGUCAACACCGAUCCAUCAAGUUCCGAAGGAUUCCUGUGUUUGACCAAAAAACUCUCAGAGCAGUUUCUGUUCGACGCGUUUGAAAGGCUUUUCAAUGGGGAAUUCAAAUGGUUAUGGCGUCAGAGGAUACGUGUGACUCUUACAGGACAAAAUGCAUACGACGCACCGAUGGAAUUGCAUGAUCAGCAGCUGAUGUACCCUGAGUAUCGUUGGGCGGAACACGUGCGCGAACAAGAAGACGCUCGUUUUCGUAGUCACGUGCUGAAACCAGCCACAGAUUGCAGCUCCUUAGAUAUGUCGAAUCGGGAGGAAGUGUUCCUAAGCUCAGAACUUGAUGGAUUGGUUGAGCCUUCAAACGUUUUGCCGUUUUUGGCAUUGAAUGACGUCUACAUUGGUGAAUCAUUGUCAUCACGAGUUUCCUAUUACGAAUUACAAAUUGACUCUGGGCCGAUGGUUAAGCAGAAGUCUAGUGGCAUUACCCUGUGCACGGGGACUGGCAGCACCAGUUGGUACUUCAACAUCAACAAAAUGACCGAACAGUGUCUUAAAGACCUUUUGCACAUCGGUAUGUAA